AUGUCACGCAGUGUUCGACUCUCUAUCAACUUCUUGCGGCCGUCAGCAACAACCCCGAUUCUAUUCCCUUCGGCCGCGUCUCGCACCUCCUUGCAUAGAUAUCUGGCCCGAGAUGCGUUACGCUCGACAUUUUCGACGUCGUCAGUCCAGAGCGCCGCCCCUGCGGCAGCCUCAAGUCCCACCACACCUAAGACAACAGUGCCUCCGAAAGACACCUCAACUGGCCAAAACAUCCAGUCGUCGAACGGCUUCGAUGUCCAACCGCUAGAUACGCAGGCAGACGACCCAUCCAGGGUGGACUGGACGAAAUCCUUCCACGGACUCUCCACCGAACCUUUCUCCAAAGAAGCCGCUGAUAUUCUGCAAGCGCCAAUCGACCCAGAAGAUAUCGAAAUCAAACCUGAUGGCAUAGUCUACCUGCCCGAGAUAAAAUACAGGAGGAUCCUGAACAGGGCUUUCGGCCCAGGCGGCUGGGGAUUGGCUCCAAGAGGCGAGACUAUUGUCACAGAUAAAUCCGUCACCCGGGAAUAUGCAUUACUGGCCCAUGGGCGGCUGGUGUCUAUCGCCCGCGGAGAGCAGGUGUACUUCAACAAAGACAACAUACCUAUGGCGUCGGAAGGUUGCAAAUCUAACGCCAUGAUGCGGUGUUGUAAAGACCUCGGGGUCGCUAGCGAGCUCUGGGAUCCUCGUUUCAUUCGAAAGUUCAAGGCCGAACAUGCUCGGGAAGUGUUUGUUGAGCAUCAAGGAACCAAGAAGCGGACCAAAAUAUGGCUUCGCAAGGGUGAUCCGGUGACAUACCCUUAUGCGGAGCUCAAGAGAUAA